AUGACGGAACGUCCUAUUGAGACCAUCCUUCAGUAUCAUUUCUCCAACUAUGAAUUGCUUGAAGAAGCAUUACUCGCUGCGGGGGCGGCAGCUUCAAGCAAAGACAUAGAAGGUGACGUGCAAGGCAAUAAGCGCCUAGCUCUAUUAGGAGAUUCAGUCAUACAAGAGGCUGUUCUAGAGCCCUGGUACAACUCUGAGGAAAGUACUGCUGAGGGUCACGAUAGAGUAAAAAAUCUAUGCAGGAAUACAAAACUGAGUCAAGUAGCUCAGAGAAGCAAAAUAUCGACUUAUGUUACUAAAAACCCAUGUCAAGAAGGUCAGGUGCCGCAAGAGACUGCUGCGUCAACAAUUGAGGCGUUGGUUGGAGCUAUUUAUCUAGACAGUGGAAAGGACAUGUCGACAGUCAAGAAAGUCCUUAAGGCAAUCGGGUUUUUUGAAGUGUGA